CGGUGGAUCCUCCCGCUGGCUUUGUGCGCGCUUGCAAUCCAGCUGUCGCCGCCCCACGAGCCCCUGCCCCCCGAGGGCGCACAUUUCCGGGCCGCCCACCAGCCGGAUCGCACCGCGAGCCCAGAUCUGCUCCCACCCGCUCAGUCCCGGUCCGGCCCAAGUCGCCCCCUGAAAUGCCGGUCGACUUUACCGGGUACUGGAAGAUGCUGGCCAACGAGAAUUUCGAGGAGUACCUGCGCGCGCUGGAUGUCAAUGUGGCCUUGCGCAAAAUCGCCAACUUGCUGAAGCCAGACAAAGAGAUCGUGCAGCACGGCGACCACAUGAUCAUCCGGACGCUGAGCACUUUUAGGAACUACAUCAUGGACUUCCAGGUCGGGGAGGAGUUUGAGGAGGAUCUGACGGGCAUAGACGACCGCAAGUGCAUGACCACGGUGAGCUGGGACGGGGACAAGCUCGAGUGUGUGCAGAAGGGCGAGAAGGAGGGACGUGGCUGGACCCAGUGGAUUGAGGGUGACGAGCUGCACCUGGAGAUGAGAGUGCAGGGUGUGGUCUGCAAGCAAGUAUUCAAAAAGGUGAACUGAAGCCUGAACAUACCUUAGUCUCGAGGAAUGAGUGGCAUGGAAGGGGGGGGCAGGGUCCCCCUCUCUGCUCAGCAUGGGGCAGAGAGCCAGCCUGCAUCUGUUCGCAGAGGCUGUCUCUCCCGGCUUUGUCUCUUUCCCUUUUCUUCAAACGAAGCCAUCCCAAUAAAAGUGGUCUCUGCUCGA